AUGGACCUGGUCAUUGUCCACCUGGUACUGGUCCACACCGUAAUGCUCCUUACCAGAGUGGUCACUGUGUCAGCAUCAACUCAGCAUCUACGGCUCCUGCAGACGGAUGUCGGAUGUCAGACAUUCGCCGCUGCGUACCGGGUGACCAGAGGCCUCUCCAUCUGCACCACCGGCUUCAUGAGUAUAGUCCAGGUCAUGAUCAUUAGUCCCCGUUUCUCUCUCUGGGCCCAGCUCAAAGCCCGGGUACAAAAGACAAUCUUCCCAAUAUUUAUCCUACUGUGGCUUCUCAACUGGAUUGUGGACAUCAACCUCCUGUUCGACACCAUUGCAUCUCCCAACGUGAUCAACCGCGAGCCCAGAUUCAGUGAUUACUACUGUUCUAUCAAGCCCAUCAGCAGCCUUACCGGAGUGGGGGUCAUGGGAAAUUCUCUCCUCAUCAGUCUCCACGUUUCCACGAUCCUCCUGAAACCCAGGCUGAAGGCCACAGACCUGGUCAUUGUCCAACUGGCCCACACUGCGAUGGUCCUUACCAGAAUGACGUUCGCCUAUGUGUACAGGGUGACCAGAGGUCCCUCCAUCUGCACCACCGGUCUCCUGAGUACGGUUCAGGCCAUGAUCAUCAGCCCCAGUUCCUCUCUCUGGACCCAGCUCAAAACCCGGGUCAGAAAGAAUAUCUUCCCAAUCUUUAUCCUCCUGUGGCUCUUCAACUCGAUCGUGGACAUCAACCUUCUAUUCAACACCGUUGCAUCUCCCAACGUGACCAUCCACGAGCCCAGAUUCAGUGAUGAUUACUGUUCCAUCUAG